CGGGGCACGUUGUGGUUCUGGGCUGUAAAUAAGACGAAAAGUAAAUACAAUCUUCAUUGUGAAAGGAACGCUCGACCAAGCCUUGCGGAAAAUUGAAUAUUUGAACAGCAACACCAAACUCAAUCAAAAUGACAAUCAUCCGCUUAAAAGGUAAUGAUGAAAAAAUUUUUGAAGUGGAGUUAGCAAUCGCUAAGCGCUCAUUAGUGAUACACGAAAUGAUUGAAAGUUUAGGCGAUGAAGACUUGGAAGAGCCUCUUGUUCUAUCCGAAGUUAAGUCUGAUAUUUUAGAAAUGGUUAUUAAAUUCGCUACUUAUCAUAAAAAUGACCCAAUGCCAGAUAAAGACAACAAAAAAGACAAAGAAGAGAAUCCAAAGAGAAGACAAUUGAACAGGAGAAAAGGAUUAGAUCAAAUAUCGGAAUGGGAUCAAAUAUCGAAAUGGGAUAAACAAUUUCUCGAGGUUGAUCUCGACACUUUAUAUGACCUUAUCAAGGCAGCCAAUUUUUUAAAUAUGCCAGAUUUAGUAAAACUUACAUGUAAGAAAGCAUCAACGCUCGCUAAAGGAACAGAUCCACAUAAAAUUCGGAGUAAUCAUACAUUUCAAAAUUAAUUUUGGAGAUAUCAAUUUUUAUACCAGCUUCAGGAGCUCCACCUCUACCUCACACUGAUAAAAUAUUUAUCAUAUUACUUCAAACUCGCUCGGAUUCUGGUCAAGAAUCGAAUAAUUCUCACGUAUAUUCCAAAAAGUUUUCUCAGUAAUAUGGUCAAAUUUUCUAUCAGUGCAUAGUGCACACUCUAUUAAAGUACCCAUUUACAUAUGCGGCAGACGUAACCUUAAAGCAAAUUCAUUCUUCUUUACUGAUAUGGGAAGAAAACAAUAUCUACAAAUUUUCAUGUUAUCGUCACAGAGCACGUGAAUUUUUUUAAUUUAUAAAAAUAUUAUGAACAGUAAUAAAAAAUAAAGAGGUGACCGGGGCUAUGAGUGCGCACGUUUCGAAUCUCUGAUUCUACAGCAGAAAUCACAAAAAACAAAAAUGAUUUUAAUAUCAGUGAUUAUUUUUUUAACAGAACUUCAUUAAUGUGUUGAAAUUUUUUAAAAAUAAUUUAUAAUAUAAAUGUAUUUAAAAAUAUUAAAAUGUUAAUAAGACGAUGCAUCUAUCGCCGGACAUUUAAUUUUUCCACUAUUAAUUGAGAUUUUAUCAGUUUACUAAACUCUUUUUAGAUAGUUACAACAAUAUUUUAAACAAGCAUUUUAUAGAUAAUUAAUUUAUGCAUAAUUAAUCCUUUUUAUAGAUA